GAGGAGGAGGAGGAGGAGGAGGAGGAGGAGGAGGAAGGAGGAGCGCGGGUGGCGGCGGCGGGAGGAUGCUGAAGAGCUGCGGGAGGAAACUGCUGCUGUCCCUCGUGGGCUCCAUGUUCACCUGCCUGCUGGUGCUCAUGGUGGAGCCGCCGGGGAGGCCGGGGUUGGCCCGGGGGGAGGCCGGUGGGGCGCAGCGGGCGCUGCAGAGCCUGGGGGCGGCGGCGGUGGCGGUGGCCCCCCCACCCCCGGCGGCGGCGCAGGGUCCCGCCGGUCUCCGGAGCUUCGCCGAUUACUUCGGGCGGCUGAGCCGAGCCCGGCGGGAGCUGCCCGCCGCUCCGCCGAGCCCCCCGAGACCGCCGGCCGAGGACAUCUCCCCCCGCGACGUCUUCAUCGCCGUCAAAACCACCAAGAAGUUUCACAAGGCGCGGCUGGAGCUGCUGCUCGACACCUGGAUCUCCCGCAACCGCGACAUGACCUUCAUCUUCACAGAUGGGGAGGAUGAAGAGCUGAAGAAGCAAGCACGAAACGUCAUCAACACCAACUGCUCGGCCGCCCACAGCCGCCAGGCCCUGUCCUGCAAGAUGGCCGUGGAGUACGACAAGUUCAUCGAGUCCGGCAGAAAGUGGUUCUGCCACGUGGACGACGACAACUACGUGAACGUGCGGACGCUGGUGAAGCUGCUUUCCAGCUACCCCCACACGCAGGACAUCUACAUCGGGAAGCCCAGCCUGGACCGGCCCAUCCAGGCUACGGAAAGGAUCAGCGAGAACAAGAUGCACCCUGUGCAUUUCUGGUUUGCCACGGGCGGAGCGGGGUUUUGUAUCAGCCGGGGGCUGGCACUGAAGAUGAGCCCGUGGGCCAGCGGGGGCCACUUCAUGAGCACCGCGGAGAAGAUCCGCCUGCCCGACGACUGCACCAUCGGCUACAUCAUCGAGUCCGUGCUGGGGGUGAAGCUCAUCCGCAGCAACCUCUUCCACUCGCACCUGGAGAACCUCCACCAGGUGCCCAAGUCGGAGAUCCACAAACAGGUGACACUAAGCUACGGCAUGUUCGAAAACAAGCGCAACUCCAUCCACAUGAAGGGAGCCUUCUCCGUCGAGGAGGACCCAUCCAGGUUUCGCUCUGUGCACUGCCUGCUGUACCCCGACACGCCGUGGUGCCCCGCCAACGUGGUUUACUAGGAGGCGUGUGGCCCCUCCAACCUCGUCCCGAAUUUCCCCGGUAUCCGACGGGCGUGCGGGACCUGCGUGCGGGUGUGUCGGUCCGGCCUCACCGCGAGGCAGAUGGACGGACGGACGUCGUUGCUGUGGUAUUGCACAGUGUGUGUGUACUGAAGGCUGCUGUGCGGCCCCCGUGUCCCCUGCCCUGCCUGCCCUGCC